AGAGCAAAUCUCAGCCACUUGUGCAAAAUGCUCAGGGUUUCAAUAUGUUGCUGUCAACUUCUCCUCCUGACUCAAGUCUGGCAUGUGAUUUAUGGGGAUGCUGAUGCCACAAUGGAGGUUGUGGCAACAUGCAAUGAGGAUGCAUUGCUCUCUUGUCAAGUGGUUCAUGAUCCACAGGUCGCAUUCAAGGGAAUCUCUUGGUAUAAGAUCGAUGAAAAAGAUGGAGGCUUAUCAAAGACAGGAUGGGAGAAGCUGCAGUACAAUAAGGAUCAGAAUUAUUCAAGACAACUUAAUUCAUCUUCAGAGGUUUCCAACAGCAAGUGGUAUUCUCUGAGGAUUGAAAAUGCAACAAAUUACAACAGUGGGAAAUAUAAGUGCAUCUUGGAAACAUCAGCUAGAAAGUACAAUGAAAGUAAUACUAUUACAUUAAUAGUAAAAGGUUGUCCGCCGCAAUUAGAAGAAGCAACAUUUACAAAGCACAGAGCAGAACUUGCGUUGUUGUGCUCGCUUGGACUUUUCUACUUGCUGCUCAUUUUUGUUGCCUGCAGUUGCCUAAAGGACAACGGCUCUCAAGAUUUCCAUAAAUCCAGAAAAAGACACAUCAGCAACAGCCUUUUCUAUAACAAUACCUAUCGAAAGAAUAACUCCAGUGGCACUGGCAACGACCAACUCGAUCAACAGUCUCUGCAAACUAAUGUUCUUAAAUCGGUGGAAACUCAUCAACAGCCACAACAUUAAAUCAGAUGGAUGAUACAGACAUUUAACCUGCCGAUCCUCUUCAGAGUAACCUGAAAGUCUCUGUAAUCUAUCAGCCACUUGCUUUAGCCAGGACGAUCUUCAGACAGGACAAUUCCAAACACUACAACAUGCAGACCUAUCAGCGACAAUAACAUGUUCUCAAAAGGUCAGCAGCUCAAUUGGGCUUGUUUAGGCAUUCUAAUUUCGUAUUUCAGAGUGCAUCUGAUUACUCUUCCUCUGGAAAACAUUUAUAGAAGGGGGGUGACCCUUUAAGCUUGGCAAAUAAAAUUAUUGAUUGAGCUCACACUUUCAAUAAACGUACAAAACAGCUGCUGCAGUACAGUUCUUCCAGACAGUAAAGCUUCUUUGGAUGAUUUAUCAGCCAAGGCCUAGGAGGAAACACUUGCAGAAAUCUCUCUCUUGUGUGUAAUGUGUUCAGUUUUGGGUAUGUGUAUAU